AUGUUGUUCAGACUCAUCGCGGCGGCAGCACUCUACGCUGGCCUGAGCACAGGAUGUGAGGACCAUGACUGGACCACACCGGUCAUGGGAGGCUACCUCAUUCACAAUCUCAUGGCCAGAACGCAGCCCGGAGCUUUGGAGACCUUGCCACAGCAGAUCAAGGACCUUCACUGGGGCCAGAUCAACUUCCUCUCCACGACGGAUACCCAUGGAUGGUUGGCAGGUCAUUUGUUGGACGAGAACUACAGUGCCGACUAUGGCGAUUUUGCCGACUUCGUUAGCAAGAUGAAGGCAAAAGCCGAUGUCCUGGGAGUAGACCUUCUUCUUGUAGACUCUGGUGAUUUGCACGAUGGCACUGGCUUUGGUGAUGUGACUACGCCCAAUGGCAAAUUCACCCUGCCAAUCUUCAAGCGACUGCCAUAUGAUCUACUAUCUAUCGGCAACCACGAACUGUACACCACUCAAAUCGCAAAUGAUACAUAUCACAACUUUGCGCCGAACUGGGGAGGCCGCUAUGUGACCAGCAACGUCGACAUCUACGAUGGCGGUGUACAGAAGCCGUUCUCCGAACGAUAUGCCUAUUUCGAGACGAAGAUGGGAAUCCGCAUCAUGUCUUUCGCGUUCAUAUUCAACUUCACUGGCAACAGCAACGCCUCCGUGGUCACUCCAGUCGGCACCGCAGUGCAGCAGUCUUGGUUCACCGAGCAGGUCCAGAGGAAAGAUAUCGACCUCUUUCUAGUCUCUGGCCACAUCACCCUUCGUGACUCUGCCGAGUGGAACCUCAUCUACAAUGCUAUCCGCACCUAUCAGCCAAAUACUCCCAUCCAAAUCUUCGGUGGUCAUCGCCACAUUCGUGAUGCCGUUGCGUGGGAUGCCGCGGCUAUGGGCGCGGCAGCUGGACGAUAUUGCGAGACUGUAGGCUGGACGUCGAUAGAUGGCCUGCCAUCCAAUGUGACUAAAGCAAAGUCCCCGAUGGGAGCAGGCGAUAUCAAGAUCACUGCCAGCAAAGCCACGAACUCCACCGGAGGUGUCAGGAUUAAUGCCACCAGACUUGCAUCGUCAAGCCUAACCUACAGCCGCCAAUUCCUGGACUUCAACAGGCCAACCUUCGAAAAGCACACCGCAUCCCUCAACCAAGGCCUCGACACACCCUACGGCACAGGAAUCACGGCAGACAUCACCAAGAACAUCUCCUCCCUACCACAACUCACACACCUCAUCGGCUGCGCCCCAGACAACUACUACCUCAACUAUGUGCCCGUAACCUCCUCCAACAACCUCUUCAACUACCUCACCACCAAAAUCUUCCCCGCCGUAGUCUACGCCCAAGACCGCAACGACACGCCCCGCAUCAUCAUGACCAACACCGGCGGCUUCCGCUACGACCUCCUCAAGGGUCGCUUCACAGUCGAUAACGCCUACCAGGCAAACCCAUACACGAACGGCUGGCAGUAUAUGACCGCACCCUGGUCCGUAGCGAAGGAUAUCCUCGCAAACAUGCAGACCGACACAGUCUAUAAGCGUCAGGAACUGCCCGAGACGACGUACGAUAAUGCCACUGGCUUGUAUGAAACUGCUGGCUAUGUCACGAAGGAUGACUUUGGGACUGAGGGUGAUAACACUAUCCACUACAACCAGGGGUACUACAGCGCGCCGCACUAUGUCGCUGCCAACGUGUCGACUGCGAAUAUUACAGAUGACUCGACCUUGGUGGACGUCUAUGUCACGACCUUCUUCGCUGCUGCGGCGGCGAAGUACUUACAGGGCAACACCACGAAUUGGGUAAAUGUGACAAACAGCACUGGCGGCGUCUUCACGAGUUAUGCGACGAUUCCAAAGUAUGCUGAGUUGUAUUGGAGCAAGGACUGUUGA